AUGCAGGACCCGAUCAUCGAGACUGAAGUGGUGGAUAGCCCAGCCAAACAACACAAGUCUACAGCAAUGGAUUCUGACCCGGUGGAAACCCUCGACGUCACUCUUGUGCCAGCCGAGACGAACAUAGACGAAAACAUCAUGCCAUCCCUAGAUACAACGAUGAUCAACGAAGAACCUACUCCGGAAACUGAACCUACCGACAUGGAAGAAGAUCUUAAAGUAGGGGAAUAUGGCUGUGAUAAUAGCUUGCUCGACCCAUACGAGGUUACAUUGACAAAGGCGUGGUCCCUCCAGAUAAGUGGGCUGCUCGUAAACUCAAAGCCCAGGUGA